AUGAGUGAGCUGCAGAAAUCCUGCGCUAAGGCAAAACUGGCUAAACUGCCUUCCGAAGCUCCCUUGAUUUUUGAGCAGCCAGCCGGGGGGUCUACUAUGCAUCCCAUCGGGGAAAGCGAUAAUGAUAGUUCUGAUGCGUCGUCUACGGCUACUGCUGUUCCAUCGCCUACGAGGCAGUUGUUUGCGAGGCCAAAUCGAGGAUCCCAAGCCUCAACAUCCCUAACCUGGGCCGACUUCUUCACCCAAGAACUGCACCUCACCCAAACCAUUCCCUCCACAAAUCUCCGCAUCGCCCACCAUAUCUACUUAAUUCCACCCUCAAACUCAGGCCCCCUAUUCGUAAUGCACCACGGCGCCGGCUCCUCUGGUCUCUCCUUCGCCGUGUGUGCGGAGGAAAUCCGUAAAAUCCUGCCCAAGGCUGGUGUUUUGUCCCUGGAUGCGCGGGACCACGGGAAUACGGAAGUUGGCAGAAUUGAUUCUUCUGCUGGGGACGGCGAUGUGGAUAUCAAUAUUGAUUUGUCGCUUGAAACGCUUAGUCGGGAUUUGGAAUUUGUUAUUCGUGAGACGCAGACGAAGAUGGGCUGGGAGACGCUCCCAGAUAUUGUCCUUGUCGGACAUAGUCUAGGAGGCGCUGUUGUUACUGAUGUUGCUAAGAAGGGUGACCUGGGUCACAAGUUACUGGCAUAUGCUGUUCUCGACGUCGUCGAGGGUUCUGCGAUGGACGCCCUCCAGAGCAUGGAGAAAUAUCUCGCAACACGCCCAACCCGCUUUCCAUCUCUGUCAUCCGGAAUAGAAUGGCAUACGCGCUCUCGCACAAUUCGUAACAGGACAUCAGCUCGUGUCUCUGUACCUUCCCUUCUCUUCGAAAAGGGUACACCCACUGAUCUCUCCCGCCCUUGGGUCUGGCGGACGAACUUAAACGACACGAAACCAUUUUGGGAGAACUGGUUUAUUGGGCUCAGUCGGAAGUUCCUUGAAGCACGGGGCGGGAAAUUGCUCAUCCUGGCAGGGACGGAUCGGCUGGAUAAGGACUUGAUGAUUGGGCAAAUGCAGGGUAAAUUCCAACUCCAGAUCUUCCCUGAAGCGGGACACUUUAUACAAGAGGAUCAGCCGGCUAAGACGGCGCAAGUCCUUGUGGAUUUCUACAAGCGGAAUGAUCGCAGUGCUCUGGUGCUUCCGCCUAAGGUGGCUGAUAUACAGGCUUCUACGGCUAUGAACAAGGGUGUUGGUGGCCAGCAGGGUCCGAUACGGAAACCAUGA